AUGUCCACUAAAAUUGCUCCCGGAGAGGCGUUCGAGCCGCGCCAAACAUACAACACGUCCGACUUCACUCCCGUCAAAGACAAAUCUAUUCCGCUUUCCCCCAAGCGGCAGGCUCUUCUCGACGACGUUGUUGCACUGUAUUCAUGCCGCCCUUCAAUCGAGCGUGUGAAGCGCUACACCCCCGACGCCGUUUACGACGACCAGUUUGGCUACGCAAACAACCGCUACAAGAUUGCAGGCCAGUGUGAGAAUUUGGGCUACGAAGUCACACGGAAUGAUCCCGACAUGAUUGAGUUCAAGAACCAGCAGAAGUGGACGUUUGCCAUAUUGCAAAAGACUGCCACUAUCGACUCUAUGGUUACUCUGAAGCUGGAUCCAGAGACUGUGGAUCAGGACUUUAUUCGCAUCAAGUACCAUAAAGAUCAAGCAAACGAGAAGGAUUACAGUCACCAAGGUCUAGGUUUCAAUUUUAAGAAAUGGCAGGCCGAUAAUGUUCCCAAGUACAUUAACUCUGAGGAGGUCAAGUAUCCUGAGAAGAACAAAGACGCGGCUACCCAACCCCCAAAUAAGGAAUAA